AUGUAUGUUCUGGUUCUUGGUUUGGAUAUUAUUGGUAAUCCAUUUGGUCUGGUCCGAGAUCUUUCGGCUGGAGUUGAAGAUCUCUUCUAUCAGCCUUUCCAAGGACUCGUUCAAGGACCCGAGGAAUUCGCCUCUGGUGUAGCUCUGGGUGUCCAAUCGAUGUUCGGACAUGCUGUUGGUGGAGCAGCAGGUGCAGUUGGUCGAAUCACCGGAACUGUAGGCAAAGGUGUAGCAGCGCUUACAUUUGAUCAGGAAUACCAGAGGAAGCGUCAG